AUGGCAAGCAGUCCUCCACUAACUUGUACAAGUGGCCAUUCAUGGUCCUACGACAAUGGGCUUGCCCAGGGAGCUGGACUGGAAUCACAUGGUGGAUCCACAUUCUGUGCCAUUGCCUCUAUCUGUCUGAUGGGGAAGUUGCAAGAGGUCUUCUCCGAAAAGGAGCUAAAUAGAAUAAGACGGUGGUGCAUAAUGAGGCAACAGAACGGUUUCCAUGGUAGACCCAAUAAACCUGUAGACACCUGUUAUUCAUUCUGGGUCGGUGCAACCCUAAAGCUUCUACAGAUUUUUCAGUAUACGAAUUUUGAGAAAAAUCGAAACUACAUUUUGUCAACUCAAGACCGUUUAGUGGGAGGAUUUGCAAAAUGGCCGGAUAGUCAUCCAGAUGCUCUACAUGCAUACUUCGGAGUUUGCGGCCUUUCCUUGAUUGGGGAGUCUGGUGUUUGCAAAGUACACCCUGCCUUGAACAUGAGUAUUAGGGCUUUUCAACAUCUUCAGCACCUGCACCAGACAGCAGAAGCAGACGGAUUGGAGCAGCAUUCAGAAUCUGUGCCUUACUGCACAUGACAAACAUAGCAGCAGAAAUGUAAAACUGAACCUAGGUAAAAUACUAUAGCCCAAGGAAAAAGCCAUGUUAUUAGGAAAAGGUCUUGCUUGAAUGCUGGAGUUUAAUAUUAAAAAGACAGCAGUAUAGAAUGUUCCUUUUAAAGAUUAUUGGUCAGUUACUAGACCAUUCGCUGUUCGAUCUGAAUUCUGGUAAUACAUUGAAGAAGUGUUUUAAGUGAAUGGAUGUUUGUCUAUAUUCAUUAGGAAAUAAUUUAUACUAAUUUUCUAACGAUUUUGAGCAUUUAAUAAAUAAAACACAUCUACCUGUGACUGUCUUA